UGGCAUUUAGGUUUAAGAGAAGGAAUGAAUAAAAUUGUGGUUAAGGUAGAGUCGCGGCCGUGGCCUGAGCAAGAUGAGUUGAAAGUUUACUAUCAGAAUAAUAAUGAUGGCAGGAUAUUGAGACAUUUUUUGUACUUUGGUGGUCAUAAAAUCAUCAGCUGUUUACGUCGCCAUGCAGUGAGAAGACUGCGGCUGUGGUGUGGAAAGGAAGGGAAAGAUCCUCACAUUUUUACUCUUUAAAUUGCUCAGUUCUUCUCAUAGGCGGCUUCGGCCUAUUUCAACGCGAAAUGAGGCCGAUAUCCCUUAGGAGGUUCAUUGCGCUGGGGAUGAUCUGUCUCUCCACCGUAGGGUGUUUGGUCAUCUGGGCCACCGAGCCAAUUAGGAGGCCGAAAGCCCGGCCGAAAGACAUUUACUCUGACGACAUCCUAUCCUAUUCAUUUUUCCAAAGACCAGUGCUGACAUCGAAGUGCACCAGGCAACUGCAGUUCUGGACAAACAGCAAUGUCAACGGAUAUUCAGAUGACGCCAUUCGAUUCCACUGCCCAGGCGUGCCGUGCGAAGCAUCCAUAAUCGCUAACACCAACAUCUCCACGACCAAAGUGAGCGAUGGAGUGGUUUUCUUUCCUGAGGCGAAGUGGAGCUGGAAGAAGAUGCAUUCUGCGCGUCCGCGGGGACAAAAGUGGGUCUUCUUCAGCCGAGAGAGCCCUUCGAUGAUCAGCCCUGGUGUUAUCCCACCUAAGAAAUACUACAAUGACUCUUACGACUACAUCAUGACAUAUCGACAAGGUUCCGAUUUCCUUGUAGAGUUUGGUCACUAUGAUGAAACGAGACCCGAAGUACGAGCAGACGACGAUCGAAAUUGGGCAACGAAAAAAAAGAAUAUCGUGAUCGGACCAGCUGCAGACUACCAGUUCGCGACUUGGCAGCGCGGCAACUUCAUCAAAGAAUUACAAGAAUUCGUACCAAUCGACACGUAUGAAGCAUGCAUUGACUCCAAACCAUGCACCGAGUCAGAGGGAUUCGAGGAGAAAGUCAGAUCUUACAAGUUUUCCCUUGCCUUGGACAUCAGCCGAUGUCGCGAUUUCAUCACUGAACAGUUUUUCGUAAGCCUAGCAAGUGGAACGGUGCCCAUCGUGGACGGACCAGCCCGAGAGGAUUACGAGCGGGUCGGGCCUCCGAACUCUUUUAUCCACGUCAAUGAUUUCACUUCCGUGCACGAGCUAGCAGACUACAUCAAACUUCUAGACGGUAACGAUGAACUCUACAACCGGUUUUUCGAUUGGAAGAAACUUGGCACAGUGGUCAGUAUCAAAAUGGCGGAUCUUUUCGCGACAGAAAACAUUUGUCCCAUUUUCCUGCGAAUGCAUGAGGACGAAAUGAAGAUAGGUACUGACGUAACCACAAAUCGAAAGGUGCCAGAUUGGGAUGAAUGGUGGUGGAAUUCAUGUUCGUAUUAAUUAAUAUGCAAUAUGGAUGAAUUCUAAAUGUAUACCUUUGCGCAUGAGGUGUCAUUUCGAUUACGUCAUCACCUACUGAAUGAGGCACGCGCCAGUAAUCCAAAGUAA